GUUAACAGGCAGGAGGUGAAAUUUGUGGUUCAUUAGUACUUUGGGCUUCUUAAGGCACGGUACAUGUAAGAGAAAAAAGAGAGAAGUGUAUGUUAUGUCCUAAAGUCGGUGACUAAGAUAAGUACUUUCCUUGAGAUAGGAGAUGUUUAUGUUUUUUCCUUCGAAGAGAACUUCAGGUCUAAGAGUCUUAGAGAGAAAAAAAAAAAUCCUCGUCCCCGGCUAAGCUAUACUCUUUCUUUCUUUUUUUAAGAUGGGAGGGAUAGUAUGUUCUCUUCUGAGGGGCACCCCGAGUAGAGUUUAGAGAAGCUGUGCGAACGAGUAGAAUGGAUGAUGGUGACUCCGGCAAGGUCUGGUGGAUCCGCGGAGCUCAAGUGUGGGCGUGGGUGAUCUGCGUCGUGGGAGGCGUCGGGAAUUUCAUCACCAUCCUCACCAUCUCUCACCAGUUCCACUUGUGUCGCUCCAAGAGAUCCUAUUACGGAAGGGACCUCAAGUGCGGCGAAAACGGCCCCGCCACCCGACUCCGCAGCCAAGGCCCUUCCAUCAAGCUAGCGGGAGACACCGUCCUCCUCCUCCACCUGAGCAUCUGUGACUUCCUCUACUGCGUCGUGAACCUGCCCAUCACGGCCUGGUCCUACAGCGUCCCAGCCGACCUCACGCCAGGGAAGAGCUUCUGCACGGGCGUCGCCACCUUUCGCUACCUCAACGCCCUGGUCGAGUGGAUGACCCUCGGCCUCCUGACGGUGCAGCGGUGCGUGGAUCUGAGGCGGUCGACAAGGGCGAGGUUCUUCAAGCCGCUUCCGACCUGCGGGAUCCUCGUCUUGUGCUGGCUCGGAGGCUUGGCUAUGAUGCUCGGCGCAGUGAUACAAGGAAAUUUCGAGUACAACACAGACGGGCUGAAAUGCGACAUGCAAGAUGGCAACUCCAAACUGUAUUUCCACACCUUGGAGACCCUUCUGCCAUGUUGCCUGAUGGUCGUGGGAUGUUGCAGCAUCAUCAUUCAGAUCUGGAGAAACAAGAGGAAGCUGCGAGCCUCCGGGAUGCAACCAGCGCUGGUCGAGAAGCGGAGCCGCGAUGCCUGGCGGUCCACAGCCCUCCUCUUGGGCCUCCUUCUGCUGUUCCUCGUCUGCGUCAUCCCCAACGCCGUCUACAACGUCAUCAGCUUCUACCCUGAGCUCGUCAACUCAGCCGUGGGCGUCGGCAUUUACGCCUUCUACUGGACUCAGUACGGCGUCAACUUCCUCGUCUACGCCGCCAGUAAUAAGAACUACAGGAGGGCUUACGUGCGCCUCUUCUCGCGUGCUUCAGAAACCCUUCGCCGUUGCUGCUUCGGUCGAGUCGAUCCGCUUCUCGAACGAGGCGUCGCGGAGCAAAGGAUCUCGACCAUCUUCGCCGUCGGGCUCCCCAAGGACUGCAGGGACAUCUCCGGACAUCGGGAGGACUUGAGUGGUCCUCCCGUGUCCUACGAGGAGCUCGGAGGACGCCAGGAGAGGUCGAUCUCGGAGUCCUACCCAGCCCACGGCGCUGGGGUCCCUGGCGUCUACCUCCUCGGUCGCCCUCGGUCCUCCCCCAGCAUGUCCUCCUUCGCCUCGACCUGCGCCUCCGUGGUCACCGUCGAGAGUUAUCUCAGCCACAUGGCUUAGCUCAGCAACGCAAGGAUAUGGCAAAGAAAUGUAAUAGUUAUGUGCAUGGAACUUCACACACCCUCAUUCGCUCAUUCUGAUAUGGACACACAUUUAUACAUACAUGUAUACACACACGCACACACACACACACACACACACAU